AUGCGGGGGGACCUGCUGACGAAGAUGCGGAAGCUGGUGAAGGGCCUCGCCAGGCCCGAGCCCAGGGCACCGCCAGUGACAUUUCCUCGCCCAGAUGGGAAGAUCAAGAAAAUCGAGUUUCCUGAGGAUGUGUAUGUUAGGAAGUUCAACAAAAAACAUCCAGAUUCGCUCUACCAUGAUGCAAUCAAGAUAAGUGGAUUUGAUCCACCACCAGCUCGAGUUUUUGCUUGGCGUGUCCUGGAGCUGAAAGAGCAAGGAGUCGGUGAAGAUGAUGCGAUGGCUGUAGCAGAUAUGGAGUAUCGGACACAGAAGAAAGCAAAGAAGAAAGCAUACAAGGAACUGAAAGAAAUCGCCCGCAGUGAAGGAAAGAAGCCACCUCCAAAUCCAUACCCAAGUGCCAUAAAAGAAAUACAAGCAGAGGAAAAGAAAUAUGUUAUGGAUCGUUUAUUUAACCCGAAGCUAAUUGAGAUUGCGAACAAGAUGAAAGAGGAGAGAGACAAGUUGCAUCAAGAUAGAACAGCAGGUCAAUGGUAG